CCCCCGCCCGCGGCGCCUUGCCCUUCCUGAAGAUGGCGGCGCGCGCUUCGCCCCGCUCCAAGAUGGCGGCGGGGCGGCCCCGCCCCCUGGCGGCCGAGCGGGGCGGCGGGGUGGCGGCGCCCGGUGUCGCCGGUGUCCUUGCGGCGGGCGGUAGCCGAGGCCGGGGCGGGCAGGGCGGCGGGCGGGCGCGGAGCCAUGCUGGCCUUCGUGGCGAGGGCUGCGCGUGUUGUCAGGUGGAAGAAGAAACCGAGGCAGGCGGAGGGAGAGGUUUACGAUCUUUUCUGUCCUCCCAGCCAUGGAUAGGAAGCAGGAACAAACAGAGAAGGCCAGGCCCUAUGGCCUGCUGAAACCGACAGCUUUAGGCAAGAUCCCAGGCAGAGUCCUACUUCAUCAGGAAGCAUUGCCCAGUCUCCCAGUGCCACCACUCCAGCAGACCCUGGACCGUUACCUGCAGGCUCUGCAGCCCAUCAUCAGCGAGGAGGAGUGGAACCACACGCAGGAGCUGGUGAAUGAGUUCCGCAGACCGGGAGGCGUUGGGGAGAGGCUGCAGAAGGGUCUGGAGAGAAGAGCCAAGAAAACGGAGAACUGGCUCUCUGACUGGUGGCUGAAGACAGCUUACCUGGAGUAUCGCCUGCCAGUUGUGGUUCACUCCAGCCCAGGCGUGGUUUUACCUAAGCAGGAUUUUCUGGAUCGGCAAGGUCAGCUCAGGUUUGCUGCCAAGUUGAUCGAGGGCGUCCUGGAUUUCAAGACGAUGAUUGACAACGAGACCCUCCCAGUGGAGUACAUGGGUGGGAAGCCCCUCUGCAUGAACCAGUACUACCAGAUCCUCUCAUCCUGCCGCAUUCCUGGGCCCAAGCGGGACUCCAUUGUCAACUAUGCCAAAGGCAAAAAGCAGUCCAGACACAUCACAGUGGUUCACAACUUCCAGUUCUUUGAGUUGGAUGUUUACAACAGUGAUGGAAGUCCCCUUACCACUGACCAGCUCUUCAUUCAGCUGGAGAAGAUCUGGAACACCUCCCUCCAAACGAACAAAGAGCCUAUUGGGAUCCUCACCACCAACCACCGAAACAGCUGGGCAAAAGCCUACAACAACCUUCUCAAAGAUAAGACCAAUAAGGAAUCUGUGCGUGCAAUUGAGAAGAGCAUUUUUACCGUCUGCCUCGAUGCCCCAAUGCCCCGGGUGUCCGAGGACAUCUACAAGAGCCGUGUGGCUGCUCAGAUGCUGCAUGGUGGAGGAAGUCGCUGGAAUAGUGGGAAUCGAUGGUUUGACAAAACCCUUCAAUUCAUCAUUGCUGAAGACGGCUCCUGUGGUCUUGUAUAUGAGCAUGCUCCCUCAGAAGGCCCACCCAUUGUUACUCUUCUAGAUCACAUCGUGGAGUACACGAAGAAGCCAGAGUUGAUAAGAUCGCCUAUGAUUCCUUUGCCAAUGCCCAAGAAGCUGCGGUUCAACAUCACUCCAGAAAUCAAGACUGACAUAGAGAAGGCAAAGCAGAACCUCAACAUAAUGGUCCAAGACCUGGAUGUGAAAGUCAUGGUCUUUCAUCAAUUUGGGAAAAACUUCCCCAAAUCAGAGAAGAUAAGUCCUGAUGCUUUUAUCCAGCAGGCCUUGCAGCUAGCAUAUUACAGGAUGUAUGGCCAUGCCUGUGCCACAUACGAGAGUGCAUCACUAAGGAUGUUCCGUCUAGGCCGCACCGACACCAUCCGCUCCACUUCUGUGGACUCUCUUAAGUUUGUGCAAGCAAUGGACAAACCUGACAAAUCGGACCAGGAGAAAGCAGACUUGCUGAGGAGAGCUACCCAGGCCCACAGGGAAUACGCUGAUAUGGCAAUAAGGGGGAAUGCAAUAGACCGCCACCUCUUAGGCUUGAAACUUCAAGCUAUUGAGGACCUAGUGAGCAUACCUGAACUGUUCAUGGACACAGCAUAUGCUGUUGCAAUGCACUUCAAUCUCUCAACCAGCCAGGUCCCAGCAAAGACAGACUGCGUGAUGUGUUUUGGUCCUGUGGUUCCAGAUGGCUAUGGAGUCUGUUACAACCCUAUGGCAGAACAUAUCAACUUUGCAAUUUCAGCAUUCAACAGCUGUGCUGAAACGAAUGCAGCUCGCAUGGCACAUUAUCUUGAGAAAGCACUGCUAGACAUGAGGAUGUUGCUCCAGUCUACUCCCAAAUCCAAACUGUAAGAGGCAAACAUAAUGCAAAAGCCCUAAGCUAAAGGGGCUCUCUCUCAUGCACUGAAGUUUCCAGUUCCUCAGAAAAGGGUUGAGAGGAUUGCUUACUCAACGGGAUCCUAGGAGAGCAUCUACCAUUUGUUUUCAGCAACAGAUUACAGGAUGGCCAUCCACAGGUAUUAGACUGUGUGGCAAGAGAAAACAGUCUUAAUCCAAGGUGGAACUGACUAGUCCUCUCCCAUUACUGCAAAGUGCACCUUCCUGUCCUCAGAGAGGACUGAAACAUGAUUGUUUUAUGGAAUUUACUGUAAAGGAAUACAGAAAGCACAGUACUUACCAGUAUCUAAAUCCAUUUGGUGAAGAAGGUAGUUCUCCAGGAAGAGCAGGGAAUGACAUUUAUUAUAUGAUGGAACUACUGUAAGACCAAGUCUUUUUGCUGGUUUAAGCUUUUGAAGAGUCUGCAGCAUCUUUUGAGCUUGACUAAAGCGUUUUCUGCCACUCCGGCAAUUGAACUUUGGCAAGGGGAGAGAUAAGUCCUCUAAAUCAGAGCAGAUCCAGUUUUGUUAGAGUGCACUGCACUACUUAUCCCAGGCCCCUGACCAUGACAUGCCUUACAGGCACGUGAUCUCCCUUCUGUUGCACUGUCCCUACUAACAGAAUAUCAUCACUACAAGCUAAGGUUUUUUUGUUCUGGCCUUUUUGUUAAGCAUGCUGCUGUGGUCCUAGAUACUGAUCUUCAGGCUCAGACUAAAGCCCUCCCCCCCCCAAGAAAAAGUUUCUACAAAACAUCUCUCACACAGGUUUGGCUAGCUUUAGCUUUGUGUACUUCAAUGUUUGUAGAGAUGAGAAGGGCUUGCUUCUAUACCUUUAACAGGACUGCCGUCCAGCUCACCUCAAUGCACCUUUCUUUGAAAUUGAGGAAGAGCAGCAGAACAUUGAACCUUCUGUUUGCAGAAGGCCACGUGGAUGGUCUCCUUCAUGGCGCACGUUUUUAAUCUAUAGUGUGAUUUUACACCCUGCUGUCAGAGGCAGCAUCUUUAUGCAUAACAUGUUAUGCUCAAGUUUGCAUAAAACAAAGUGUUUCUGAUCAGGAGCUCCAGAAGACGCUUCCAUUUCUGGCCCACACAGUUCAAAGCUGUUAGAGCCAAAGGAAAAACAGUUGCAGAAUCACCCUUCUUCCACAUCAUUCUGCUUUAACAAGGCAGAAGAUCUUGAAAAGCAGGAAUAAAGCUGAGAACUUGCAGGCAGCACAGAUGUUUGUUCACUGUGGCAGUCAUUGUUCUGGCAGUAACAGUGCAGCACCUUUUCUGCCACUCUUGGAUUUUUUUCUUGCUGUAACGUUACUUAGAUUUGAACUAGCUCUAUUCUGUGAAAGAUAAUGAUCUCAUGACUGUUUUUAUGUUGGGUUGACAAACUUGAGAAAGUAGAAGAUUUUAUAUAUUACAUAUAAAUUACAGUUUUGGCAUUGGAAGUAGUGCUUACAAAAAAAUCCUAUGAAUCUGCCAGAAUCCAAGCUCCCCAUCCUUUUAUGUAGCGGUAUGUAAAACCAUAUGGGAGUGAAGAAAUCUAGUGCUAUUUCUGCAACAGGGAUUUAAUAUUUAAUUGCACACACUUCAAGAUGUGGCUGCUGAGACAUCACCAUAAAAAAGAAGCAGUAGGAGUUUGAUGGCCUAUUUUGUUACAGGGAAAUCUCUGAUCCUAACUGCCACUUUUCUGGUUAUAGGCCAGCAAGCGACAUGGACAAAGUGCCUUGGUAAAUAUAUGGGAAAAAAAACUUGCACUAAACCUGUUUAGAGGAAAAAAAAGAUCAGUCUAAUCUGCUUCUUGAAGGAUACAAGCCAAAACUAUUAUGUGUUUGGAUUUUUUUGCUUUUUUUUUUUUUUUUUUUUUUUUUAAGAAGGGUGUUAUUUCAAAGCUUCUAUCUUAUACCUAAAUAAACCUUAACAAGGGAAAAUUUAUCUGAAACUCACCUGCACAGCCAGUGAUUGUAUGAACUGCCACUUUCACAUCAUCUACAUGGAUUUAGAUUUUGUUGAUUUUAUAGAAGAGUCCUGAAUGGAGUAAGACAGUCUAAAAACAAUGGGAACACUACAAACCUGGGAGCAGACAACCCUGCUGACUCCUCCACUAUGAAUUAGACUGAAACUACAAACAGGAUACUCGGUAUUAAGAUUUAAGUGAUCAUGUAAAUACUGCGUAAGAGACUACAUCUUGCUGGAAUAAAAUCUGCUUUUAAGGAGCCUUUUACUCUGGGGAAAAAUAUGUUUCAGCAAAAAGAAAAAAAUACAUAAAAUCCUCCCCACUUAACUGAGACAACCUGUGUACUAGGGGAAGAAUUAUUUUUCCCUGUCUACAGUGCCUUCAACCACCGAUACUACACUUUUGCCACUUAAGUAUUUGAGACUGGCCGUUUUCUAUUUGUCUUAUCAAAGGGGAAGGCUCUAAAAGGAAGGUGCCUAUUAAAGAUUAAGCAGAAGUGUGCUCUCUUGUGAAUGUAUCUCAGAAGAUGGGUUUGAUCUAGUCUUGGAUCUAAAUCUGGAUAUCCCACUAGCUUCAGCAGAGUACAGCUGCAAGAUGCACAGUAUCACAGUGAAAGACACAAGAUUCUUAAACCAUUUUAUGCAUCCUUAGUGAUAUGUGGAGCUGAAAUUCAGAUCACAGUUGGUUUUUUGAGGUGCUUGAAAGGACACUAAAACCAUUACAAGGUUUUUCCUUAAAAAGAAAGCUUUUUCUUAUUGUCCAAGUUCUAAAUUGUGAUGUCCUUCAGACUUAGCCCUUCUUGAUUUUUUCAGUGUCUACUUGCAAAAUACUGUUCCCCUGUUUUUGACUGUUUGGUUCUUUCUCAAGAGAUGUUCACAGUCUUAAGGCUAUAUUAAGUACAAGAACCUAAGUUCUGGAAAAACUACUGAUUUGGAGCAAAUUAAAGAAAUGCAUAGAUUGAAAACAUUCAACUAACUCUCGGGGUAUGAGUGCAAUUUAUGACACAGCCUAGUAGUGUUUGCAUGCUUUGCUGGUUAGCUGUAUUAAAUACUGUUUUGAUAGUGUAAUCAUGUCGUGCAAAAAUUUGAAAUGUUCUUCCAAUAAACUUAAACGCAAUAAACAGAUAAGUGCUA